AUGGCCGCAGGAGUUGCAGCCUGGCUGCCUUUUGCGCGGGCUGCGGCCAUUGGGUGGAUGCCAGUGGCCAACUGCCCCAUGCCCCUUGCCCCGGCCGACAAGAACAAGCGGCAGGAUGAACUGAUCGUCCUCAACGUGAGCGGGCGGAGGUUCCAGACCUGGCGGACCACGCUGGAGCGCUACCCCGACACGCUGCUGGGCAGCACGGAGAAGGAGUUCUUCUUCAACGAGGACACCAAGGAGUACUUCUUUGACCGGGACCCAGAAGUGUUCCGCUGCGUCCUCAACUUCUACCGCACAGGAAAGCUGCACUACCCGCGCUAUGAGUGCAUCUCUGCCUACGACGACGAGCUGGCUUUCUACGGCAUCCUCCCGGAGAUCAUCGGAGACUGCUGUUAUGAGGAGUACAAGGACCGCAAGAGGGAGAACGCCGAGCGGCUCAUGGACGACAACGACUCGGAGAACAACCAGGAGUCCAUGCCCUCGCUCAGCUUCCGCCAGACCAUGUGGCGGGCCUUCGAGAACCCGCACACCAGCACCCUGGCCUUGGUCUUCUACUACGUGACUGGCUUCUUCAUCGCCGUCUCGGUCAUCACCAACGUGGUGGAGACAGUGCCGUGCGGCACGGUGCCUGGGAGCAAGGAGCUGCCGUGUGGUGAGCGCUACUCGGUGGCCUUCUUUUGCCUGGACACGGCCUGCGUCAUGAUCUUCACCGUGGAGUACUUGCUCCGGCUCUUCGCGGCGCCCAGCCGCUACCGCUUCAUCCGCAGCGUGAUGAGCAUCAUCGACGUGGUGGCCAUCAUGCCCUAUUACAUCGGCCUGGUCAUGACCAACAACGAGGACGUGUCUGGUGCCUUCGUCACGCUCCGGGUCUUCCGCGUCUUCAGGAUCUUCAAGUUCUCCCGCCACUCGCAGGGCUUGCGGAUCCUGGGCUACACACUCAAGAGCUGUGCCUCUGAACUCGGCUUUCUCCUCUUCUCCCUCACCAUGGCCAUCAUCAUCUUUGCCACUGUGAUGUUUUAUGCCGAGAAGGGCUCCUCUGCCAGCAAGUUCACAAGCAUCCCUGCCUCUUUUUGGUACACCAUUGUCACCAUGACCACAUUGGGCUAUGGAGACAUGGUGCCCAAGACAAUUGCAGGGAAGAUCUUCGGCUCCAUCUGCUCCCUGAGUGGCGUCCUGGUCAUUGCCCUGCCAGUCCCUGUGAUCGUUUCCAACUUUAGUCGGAUUUACCACCAGAAUCAGAGAGCUGAUAAACGCAGGGCACAAAAGAAGGCCCGCCUUGCCAGGAUCCGUGUGGCCAAAACAGGGAGCUCCAAUGCCUACCUGCACAGCAAGCGCAACGGACUUCUCAACGAGGCCCUGGAGCUGAUGGGCACCCCGGAAGAGGAGCACAUGGGCAAGACCACCUCGCUCAUCGAGAGCCAGCACCAUCACCUGCUGCACUGCCUGGAAAAAACCACUGGGUUGUCCUAUCUUGUGGAUGAUCCCCUGUUAUCUGUACGAACCUCCACCAUCAAGAACCACGAGUUUAUAGAUGAGCAGAUGUUUGAGCAGAACUGCAUGGAGAGUUCAAUGCAGAACUACCCAUCCACAAGAAGCCCCUCACUGUCCAGCCACCCGGGCCUCACUACCACCUGCUGCUCCCGUCGUAGUAAGAAGACCACACACCUGCCAAAUUCCAACCUGCCAGCCACUCGCCUGCGCAGCAUGCAAGAGCUCAGCACGAUCCACAUCCAGGGCAGUGAGCAGCCCUCCCUCACUACCAGUCGCUCCAGCCUUAAUUUGAAAGCAGACGACGGACUGAGACCAAACUGCAAAACAUCCCAGAUCACCACAGCCAUCAUCAGCAUCCCCACUCCCCCAGCGCUAACCCCAGAGGGAGAAAGUCGGCCACCCCCCGCCAGCCCAGGCCCCAACACGAACAUUCCUUCCAUAGCCAGCAAUGUUGUCAAGGUCUCCGCCUUGUAA